UCCCCAGUUGUGGGUACGUUCCAUGUUGAAGCUCAUCAUCAUGGUCGUCAUCAAGUCGCGGUGAUGUCCCCAGGAGACGUCGGCACGGUUAGUCCGCCGUGCUUCGCGCCACAAAGAAGGCGUACUGCCUGACUUGGGAGGCCGUCCAGGCCGACCUUCGUGGUUCGCAUGCUCAGCCACGCCACCGAUACCUAAAGAAGGACAAGAGAUGGACCGCGAGAACCCGGCUGAGCAGGAACAACAGCAACGGCAGCCUUCCUCCAUCGACCCGGAACCGCGUGUCGUCCACGCCGCUGCUGCAGUACCUGAGAAGACGCUCCAGGUAGCAGACGACGACAGUCAGGUCAUGGCCGACUGUUGCGAGCAGGCGGUGGAAGCUGUUCUGCAGGGAAUGGAGGCCAACCAGGACUGGGAGGUGCUGCGUGCCAUCAUGGACGGUGAGGACGAGGACGAGGCACAGGACGAAGGCGAGUGGGACACCGCGGACGCUGAGGAGGCCAAGAAGCAGCUGAGCCUCCACGCGAGCGCGUGCUGCAAGGGCCAUCCGCCGUCGGCCGGCAGCGUGCGACCCUGCCAGAUGAGCGCCUACACGCGCCUCGACAACGCCAUGACGCCCAUCAUUUUGGCCUGCAUCCUCUCGUUCGUGGUCCAGCCUCUGCUGAUGCUGCUGCACAAAAUGGCUCUACGAGUUUUCCCGUCACCCUUGAGACUGCUGGUCGGCCUCGAGGUGCCUUCGCUGAUCGUGAUCAAGACGUUCCUCUUCGUCCUUCCCGUGGGCGUCGUGUCGCUGUUCGUCGAAGAGAUGCGCGAAGCGGAGGACGCCGUCUUGACCACCGCCGCAUUCCUGAUCAGACUGCUCGUCAACGUGCUCCUGAUCUCCUCCAGGGGCGGCAACAUUCCCCUGCUAGUGACGUUCUUCGAGAGAAUGUUGGCGCGCAUCGUCUUCACGGUGUUGCUAUACACGUACGAGGGAUACAGCAAGUACCUGGUCUGCCAGCCGCGCACGCUGACCGGGCUAUACGCGCCGGUGAAGUGUGUGCUGCCCUCGUGGUGCAAGCAAGCCCUGGCAGGGCGAGAUCCGAAGGACACGUUCCUGAGAGCCUCCUGCCUCUACCAUAAACUCUCCAUGUCUGACGAAGGUGCAAUGUUACAGUCGCACCACCUGGAGUACGGCCACCGACUGAACAACUUCGCACGCGACAACGCAGUCGGUGCGUGCGUGUGGGUCUCCGCCAUGGUCUUGUCGGUGUUGAUGACCAUCGACAUGGCCAAGACCUUGUGUGCCGACGUGGCAGCUACAUGGCGCUUCUGCAGGCGCUACAGGGAGCAGCGCAGCGCCGGAUUGACCUGGAGAGACGCCUUCAGCAUGGCGGCGAAGGGGACGCUCAGCGAAGCGAUUGAGCACAAUGAGACGGCACCUAGCGGUUCCUCCGGCCAGAUGUCCUCCAGCCAGACGUCCUACGGCCAGACGUCCUACGGCCAGACGUCCUACGGCCAGACGUCCUACGGCCAGACGUAUUCCGGCGACCCCGGAGUCUCGGGAGAACAGAUACCGGGGCCUUCGUUCAAAGUUCGGUAAUGGGCGAGCACAAGACAAUGGUUGUUACACAGUUCCUGGAGGAAGAACCCACGAGCACGUACUGGACGUAAAAUUUAUGGCGUUAUGCGUGAAAUUCAGCCUAUGUGAUAUGAACCUUCUAUGUCAUUCUUGAUUCCACCUAGGCCACGGACAAUUCUGCAGAAGCAGCACAGGCGGUCGCUUUGAGUUAUUUGGCAUUCUAAAAAAUUGCUUCAUCUGAUCAUCGAAUUUUU